AAUUCUGACUAAACAAGUGAUUGUCACUGAUCAAAUCAUCUUUUUGUUUGUCAGAGUAGCUCUCUUUAUCUUCAUGUCCCUUCUCUUCUCCGUCCCCUUCUUCUUUUAUAUUUUCAUCUUUAAUUCUUUCACCAAACUCAACAAAGAAUGGUUGGGAUGUGCAUGUGCAAUCAUAUCAUAGCAAUAGUAUUGCUUCCCUCAUUUGGUAGACCUGCAGGUAGCCAGGUACCCAGCUCUAUAAAUUCAGGCCAAGCUCCAUAGUUGCACUAUACACUAUAAGCCAAGCCAAGCUUGCCUAUACUCUUCUUGCUGGGGAUUACCAAUAGAUAGACAGAAAUCCAUGGCGGCCACAGCGGCGGAGAUGAUCAGUGGGAAGCUUGAGGCGGAGGUGGAGCUGCACUGCUCGCCGGCGAAGUUCUACGACAUGGUUAAGAACUCGGUUCACGACCUGCCAAGCCACACACCGACUCAUGUUCAGGCGGUGCAAGUCCACGAGGGCGAUUGGGACGCUCAUGGCACCGUUAAAUUCUGGAUCUACACUUGUGAGGGGAAGCUGGAGGUGUUCAAGGAGAGAGUGGAGUACGACGAUGCUAAAAGAAUUGUGAAGCUGAACGGGCUGGAGGGGGAUGUGAUGAAGCUCUACAAAGUGUACAAUGUGAUCUAUCAAUUUGUCGCCAAGGGGGACGGCAAUGGCGACGGGAAGCAGCAGGGGUUGGCAAAACUGACGAUUGAAUAUGAGAAGUUGAAUCCAAAUGUGCCGCCUCCUACCAAGUACAUGAACUUCAUCACCCUCCUUGUCAAGGAGGCUGAUGCUAGCCUUGUUAAAGCCGCUUGAUUGAUCGAUCGAUCAUCGACUUCGCCAUAUACAAGUAUCUUAUUAUUGUUACUGUUUCUUUGUGUGCUUUCGCUUGUGUUCGUUCGAUCUUAUCGAUGUUUUCAACAUCUGAUUCGGUUGCUAAUGAUCGACAAACCGUUAAUAAAGAGUGCUUGUAUCGUUGUUGCUAAUUAUGUGUUUUGCCAGAAAUAUCAAAUAAAGUGAGGGAUAUGGUGACUUGUUAUAGUUCAUUAUCUUCUUGUUGUUAUAGUUACCAAGGAUUGGCUUCUGCAUCAAUUAGACGUAAGUAAUACUUUUCCUCACGAAGAUCUGCAUGAAAAGUAUACAAAGAUUCCACAAAGUUUUUGUAAUACUAGUGACACCAAGUGUGCUAACUUCACUAGUCGAUCUAUGGCCUCAGAAAAGCUUAAAGAAACUAGCUCCACCAAAUAUCCUUGAUAGAAUUUUAGCCACGCCAAAGUCAUACAGACCUUUCUCUUAUUAUUUGUCGCAUUUGCAGGUGUAUUUGUAGGGGCUCUCAUAAAUAUGAAUAGUCUAA